UGUGACGUCACUGAGCAGCUGACGAAGGAAAACAGAUCGUAUGGAGACUCGCAGCUCGACCUGCUUAGUCGCAAUAGAGGAUUUCUGAGGUUUUGACCGCUUUAUCACCAUGGAUGUGCACUGAUAUAGAAAAGUUGUAAGGAUUUCAGUGGAACAAUUUGCAGAUUAUAAGUCCAAGAUUUAUAUUGAUUCUGCAUUUUUGCAGUAAAAUUCUUACAAGCUGCAAGUGUAAACUUUGAACAGAGAAUGUUAUAGCAUUAUUGUGGAAAGAAACAUCAGAAUUGGCAAGGCUGCACGCAAAGUUUCCUUGCUGUGAUAAAUCAAGAUGGGGGGAGCAGUGAGUGCUGGUGUUGAUAAUGACGAUCUUGUCGACAACCUUAAAGCUGCCAGCUACAUCACUACACCACUGCUUGAACGUGUGUUUAGAGCUGUGGAUCGUGGAAAUUAUUUCACAUCAGAGAAUCGCGAACAAGCUUAUAGAGACAAUGCAUGGAAAAAAGGAAAUUUACAUUUGUCUGCACCCUGCAUAUAUGCGAAGGUGAUGGAAGGCCUUCAGUUAGCACCUGGACACUCAUUUCUCAAUCUGGGCUCUGGCACAGGGUACCUCUCCACUAUGGCAGGCCUCAUUAUAGGUCCAUAUGGUAUUAAUCACGGGGUGGAGCUUCAUGCAGAUGUUGUCAAAUAUGGACACGAGAGAUUAGAAGAAUUUAAGAGGGUUUCACCAGCCAUUGAUGCUUUCACUUUUUGUGAUCCACAAUUUGUGCAAGGAAACUGUUUGUGUUUGCCCCCGGAUAUGCGUCUAUAUGAUCGUGUAUACUGUGGAGCCUCAUGUCCUGAAACUCAUGAACAAUAUAUGAAGGCCCUCAUUAAGCCAGGUGGUGUAUUGGUGAUGCCAAUCAAUGAUCAACUCGUGAAGAUGACUCGUAAUGGACCACACACAUGGGAAACUGUGUCCUUACUACCUGUCUCCUUCUCUUCUCUUGUUAUGCCGGAUUCUAACCACCCUCCGGCUACAGUCACCCUCCCUUGUGUGGAGCUUCCAGAUCUUCAAGACAUGUGUCGUCAGGAGCUUCGCUCACUCCUUCGUGCAAACAUUGAAUAUGAGCAUCCUGAUCUAGUGACAGCUGCAAAUAGACCAGUUCACAAACACUCAAGGCCACGUGAUCGUCGACAGAUUCGGCGAAUAGUUGUUCCUUAUGUUCCUGUUCCUUUCUAUGAGUCUGAUGAUGACCCACAGAUGAUUUCAGAUGAUGAUGAAGAUGGGGAUGAUAAUGAAGCUGAGCGGCGCACAGCUAAUCAAUUAUCUGCCUUCAUUGAAAUGGCUAGAAAUCUUGCUGGUCAGCGAAGGCGGGAGAGAGAGAGGGAGGAUAAUGAGGCAAGACAAAAUCUGCGUGAAGAAAGGGGCGCAGAUACUGAUGCACUGGAAACUGGAGAGGAACAGAAAAAUCAUGUUACACACAACAGCAGCAAUGAUUCCGAAAUGGAUGAAAAUCAUGAUACUGCAAAAGAACUAGGGAAAUCUGCAAAGCAAGUAGUACCAGUUAAAGAAAAUGAAGUGGACAAAGAUGGUGAGGAAAUGGUUGCAGAAAGACCUCAGAAUGGGGAUGAACCACUGCCAUCAGUUUCUUCUUUGCCACAUUCUGAUCCAAUCCCAAUGACUUCUACACCUGUUAUGCCAGUAAAGUCAAAUAAGAAAAGAGAAAAGUUUGAUAGCGGAGUAGGGGAUGAAAUUGAAAAUGGAAAAGGACCAAGUUCAGAAUCGGAUCAGGGAGAUGGUGACAUUGACAUGGAUAUUGAUUCUACAGAUUCUGAUUACUCUGAUAAUUCAGCUCCAAGAACCAAAGUGAAUAGACUUUUAGAUCCGGAUGAUCCUAUUUGCGCAUGUGGAGGAAACUGCAGCGAGACUUUUAAGACAAAAAAUGAUGAUGAUCCUGAAGAUAAUGAAGUUGAAGGUGAAAGGUCUAAGAGUGCAUCUGCGGCAGAAACUUAUUCUACACACAUGCGGGAAAAAAUUGGUUUUCUUCCUCUGCCCCAUGCUCUGAAACUGUACCUGAACUAUAAUAGGGAAUUGUAAGUCUGGCUUUAUAAGCAGUUCCUUUAUGAAUUGUGAAAAAUCUAAUCAUUUAUUUUGUGUAAGAAUUUAAUUUUAAAUUUGUAUUACUGUACACAAUACAACUCAUUCUUGUUUGCAUAUGUGAUAAGAUUUAUAGGAAACUUGGUGAUAUGACUAGUAUGUUUAAUCCAUUUUAAUAGCAGUUUGGUAAUGUUGAACUUGGCAUAAUGCAGUGGCACAUUAUACAGUAUAUUAGUUCAUCACAGAUCUGGACAAAUAGCAUGUCUUAAGUAUGAUCAAAGCAUUAUCCCAGAUCAAGAAAUGGAGUAGUUAAAUCCUUCAAAUUUGGGUGGUUAUACCAGUGAAGGAAUGGCUUAGUUAUAUUAUUUGAUGUUUUAACUUGGCUGGCUCAACAGUAACCGUAGCUCACCGUCCAUCACCAUUCUACUCUUCCCCAAAAGCUAUUCAUAUAUCUACUUGAAUUGUGGCGAGGAUGUACUAUGGGAUGGUGAUAAUGCUCAUAUAGUGGUACAGUAUAUAUGCAGUACAGUUUACAGUAUAUACAGUACAUUUGUGUAAUUUUUACAGAUGAAGGCAUGUUUUAUCUAUAAAAGUUACCUUAAACUAAGCACAUAGGACAUGAUUCGUCUUACAUUAUGAAACUCCUAAAAGCCAGUUAAAGUUGUGGCCACUUAGAUUAUUCUUUACUAGAAUCAUAUUAGCUCCUUAUAGGAAUAUGAGAGAUGUACGUUGUCUUAUUUAUUGUUUGUAUGACAACAUGCAACUGCCACUAUAUUGGCAUCUUAAAGACAAGUGGGAUAAUAGAACAGUAAUUUGGGGGAAUGUCUUGGCAUCGUUUGUUGGUAAAAAAUUAAUAACGUGAUAGUUUACUUAUAUUCAUCAUUAAUACAAUAGCAUUAAGUUCAUUGUUAAGUAAAUUUGUACUUGAUACAUCUGUACUGAAUGAAAGAGGAAACACUUUAGUUGAGCCAAUCAAGGACCAAAGUUAUAAUACAAAAUUAAAAAAUAAAUAUGAGAGUCUGACAUA